CAAAGGUGUCAUUGUCAUGUUCCCAUUGUGCAAUCCGCAGCCGGCUUAUAUAAAGAGGCAGGGCACGCGGAGGAGCGGGUAUCGAGCAGCGGGCAGCGGAGAGAAACAUUUCAACCAUGAAGACUGUGGUGUUGGCAUUGGCCCUGGCCGUGGUACUGGGCUAUGGUGAUUGCUUGAAGUGCUACAACUGUAUCGUCUCAAGCAAGUUUGGGAGUUGCACUACGACCGUCCAGACCUGUGGUUACAACGAGAACGCCUGUGUCAAUAUGGUCUUCCUGCCUCCUUUAUAUGGCUACGCCCGGCGAUGCAUCAAAUCCAGCGAUUGCUUCAUUUUGGAGAAUGGCAGCCCUAAUUCCAUUAAGGCCAAGUGCUGCUAUGCUGACUUGUGCAACUGAGGAAGCCUGAUGGCGAUGACGACGGAGUCACCAGACCAUUCAUCUGAGAGUCGAUAACAACAUGAAGCACCGUGUACUCAUUUUGUUUUUGCAUAAGUAAAAUCCAUCUUAUUUUACACAUU